GUCCGUCCCUCCCCGUUGUCUCUUUCCCUGAGCUGUGGGCCCCUUCUUAGCCCUCGCGUCAGCCCCGGGGCAGCUGCUUGGGGCUGGGCUGGUACAGCUGGGGGCUUUUGAGGGGGGGGACGGUCGGGGAGGGGUAAGAGGAAAGCUUGGCGUUGCCUCAUGGUGUGAGGCCCGUGGGGCCCACAGAGGGGCAGGUGGACACCCACGCGUGAGUGGGGCAGGAGGUGGCCAGCAGUAGGGGAUUGUCACGGAACAACUCAAACCUUGUUUCCCAUAAGGGCUUCUACCUCUCGGACCAUAUUGACCCUGUUUUGGUGCCGAAUGCGGCCGGUCGUGGUGGCAGUUGAACAGGGUGUCCUUUUGCUGUCAAGAUUUUAGCCCUCGAGUGUUUGGAAGGGAAGGAGGAGGAGGAAGCACGCUGGUUGCGCAGGCUGUGGCGUUCUGGGGGGAUGAUGGUGCAGGGGAGGUCUUGCCUCUGGAAGCACUUGUGAUGCAUGUGGGCUUGCCCCACUCCGGGGAAUGACAAGCAGUCCCCAACCCUGUACCCCCGUGUUCUGUUAGCCUGGGGCUUCUGAUAUGAUAGGUAAGAUUGUAUGUAACUAACCAAAAGUAGUUCUAUAUCCGCUGAACUGGAGUCUUGAAGCAGCUCACAUCUUCAGAGUAAAACUGCAUUUUAGUAUUCCUUUCCUUCUUUCUGGCAUAGGUCUUACAAACGCUUGUGUACGUGCUUAAUUUAAAACAUGUGGCUAAUCUAGUUGCAGUCAGAAGUCCCAUUUACAUGAGUGAAGUGGGGUGGGAUGCAUAAACCUGCAGAGUUGUGGUCACAGGUUAUUAUGUUACUAAGUUACUGAGGGCUGUCUAAUUUGUCCCUAAUAAAAGGCUGAAUUUUAUAGGUAGGACUGUAAUACAAUAUUACAAAUGCUGUACUUAGUGGAGAGGGAAGCAAUUGUGCUGCGAGUCACGGAUAUUUAAAAGUAUUUUUACGAGCUUGUCUGUAUAUUACACUAACCCAACCAUAACCAUGAUCUACUGCGCUUACAGUUGUGUAGUCGUAACUACUUUGGCUUGAGUAAGAAAGAGGCAGUAACCUACAAAUUUGGAUUAUUAAACAUUGUUGCUUGACCUACGUCCAGUAUCUCCACACGUGGUGUGUAACUUGGGCUGUUCGUUGGUUGUUUUCUUUCCAUUUGGGCUGUGCAAAAAAUUGUGAGCUUUUGGCAGACGUGGAAGGUGAAUUAGGUGAUAGCCGGUACAGUUCAGGUUUCUAAAGCUGUAGUAAUAGUGUCACUACUGCACUCUUGUUUUAUUUGUAUAUAUGGUAGCUUUCUUAUUAUAGUUGCAGAUUUAUAUUGGUGCCAAGUCUUGUUAUUUUGUACCACUGGAGAUCUGCGGAGGGAAAGAAAAAAAGAAAUAAAUUGAGGAGUGUGCUGAUUUUCUUGUUGUACCUGUUAUGGAUGAACAGACCAAAACAGCAGUAGUCUUACAGGCUCUUAUAAGAUGACUUUUUUCCAAGCAAAUGCUUGUUUGAUGCUGAGGUUGGGAAAAAAAAAAAAAAACAAACCCUCUCAGAAACUGCUUAUUCCCUUUUAUCACUAUGUGUUAAUCCCUGACAGUUUUAUAGUGUUUUAUACCAUAAAGAUUUUUACACUUAGUUACUUUGUGGUGGCUUGUACUCCAAGUGAAUUAUUUUUUUUAUUAAUUGUAAUUUCACAUCCAAGACUUGUUUCUGUUACUGUUUGAAAUGAGAGGAUUAUCAGUAAGUUUUUAUUUCCUAUAUUUCAAAUUAAUAUUAACGUAGUAUUCUAUAAAGACUUACCUUGUAAUUAAGUUUACUUGGUUCAGCAAUCUUAAUAUUUAGAGACUUUUUGACAUUAACACUAUAAUGCUAUACAUUGGAGGCAGACUUUAGGCCACAGAAUUUUUUUUUUUUUAUGCUGCUGCUUUUUUUUUUUUUGCCUUUUUUUUUUUUUUUUCUCUCCAGAUCUUUCAAGUAGUCAUUGCAGAACAGCUAAGUAACUCUUGAAUUUGUUUUUUUUUCUAACCAGGGGAUCAUUGAUACAGGAUUAUUCCCAUUUUCUUAUUGUUGUUCUUUCUUUUGUUGUAGUCCUUGACACCAAGUUGUUUUCUUUAGUUUCUAAAAAUACAUAUCUGGGCUUCACCAGGUCUCCCUGGAGAGAUUCUUAACUUUGGAUGUUGAAUAAAGUAACUAGAGUGGAAGGACUAGGCAUUUGCAGCAAACCGUGUGGUAUAAUUGUUACAUUAAGUACCUGUUUAAUGAAGCAAAUGUGCUACACUUCAGAAGCAAACUUGGCUUUAGUUCUUCCGUGUGCUCCCCUCUCCGCUUGUGCUCGCUCCUGCCACAGAAAGGGAAGGAAGGUGGAUACUGUGGAAAAAGUUGCUCAAGCAGCUAAAGAAGUCUGAAGAAGUUCAGCUUGCCAAUAUGUUGCCAACCAACUGGACACCUGGCUUCCCAAAAGCUCAAAUGCAUGUUUUCUAAGCUUGGCAAGUCAAGAUCGAAACAAAAUUAUGAUAAAAAUCCAUGUGGAUUUCUAACUCGGAGUCUGAGGUUCAAGACAAAGAUGAAUCUGCGUUCUGUAUUUACUGUAGAACAACAAAGGAUAUUACAGCGUUAUUAUGAAAAUGGAAUGACAAAUCAAAGUAAAAAUUGCUUUCAGCUCAUAUUACAGUGUGCACAAGAAACUAAACUGGACUUCAGUGUAGUCAGGACGUGGGUUGGCAAUAAACGAAGGAAGAUGAGCAGCAAGAGUGCUGUAGAAUCUGGAGGCACUCCCCCAGGGACUGUCCCUACUACUCCCUCAGUACCUCCAGAAGCAGCAGUUAGAAAUGUGGUAAAUAUUGCUCGAUCCCAAAGUCAGCAGUCUUCUUGGACCUCUUCUAAUAACGAUGUAAUAGUUACUGGUAUAUACAGUCCUGCUAGUUCAUCUGGUAGGCAAGGAUCCACCAAACAGACAAAUGCUUCAAUGGCAGACAUACAUAAAACCUCUAUUCCACGACUACCAGGAAAAAGUGAUACAGAGUUUCAGCAGCAGCACAUCCCUAUAGGACGACAAGUACCACAUUGUAAAAAUGCUUCCCUAUUAGUAGGGGAAAAGACUAUUAUUUUAUCUAGGCAAACAAGCGUACUGAAUUCUGCGAACUCCAUAUAUAGUCACACUAAAAAAAGCUAUGGUGGUUCUUCAGUCCAGACCGCAGAGUUGGUGUUACCUCAGAAACCGAUGAUAUGUCACAGACCCUGUAAAGCUGAACCCGUGGGCUGUCAAAGGUUACAAAAACCAGAACAUGCAGCUCUCGCAUCGCAUGUGCCCCCUGGACAAAGGGCUAAUACCAGGGACCCUUCUUGUAGCACGCAAAACCUGGAAAUACGUGAAGUGUUUUCUCUGGCAGUUACAGAUCAACCUCAAAGAAUUGUGGGAGGAAGUGCAGCGCAGAAGCAUUGCUCGGUGGAAGGCAGCUGUCUGUCCAUUGCGAUGGAAACUGGAGACGUGGAUGACGAAUAUGCUAGAGAAGAAGAACUAGCAUCCAUGGGAGCACAAAUACAAAGCUAUUCAAGAUACUGUGAAAGCAGCAGCUCUGUUCGAGUAGAGAACCAAAGUGCAGCCUUGUCCGGGCCAGGGAGAAAUGUGAGCUGUAGUUCACAGAUGGUGAAUGCCAGGGACGUGCCUGACAAUAUUCUGUAUCAUAACAGAGACUACCAUUUGCCUGCACGGACCUCAUUACACACAACAUCCAAUACAUUAUAUAACAGUGCUAAUCCAUCAAGAAGUACCUUUUCUCCUCAUUUUACAUCUUCAAGUCAACUGAGGCUGUCACAAAACCAAAAUAAUUACCAGAUUUCAGGAAACCUUACUGUGCCUUGGAUUACAGGUUGUUCCAGAAAAAGAGCAUUACAGGACCGUACACAAUUUAGUGACCGAGACUUAGCUACCCUAAAGAAAUACUGGGACAAUGGCAUGACCAGCCUGGGCUCAGUCUGCAGAGAGAAAAUUGAAGCUGUGGCUGCAGAAUUAAAUGUUGACUGUGAAAUAGUGCGGACUUGGAUUGGGAAUCGAAGACGGAAAUAUCGUUUAAUGGGGAUUGAGGUCCCACCCCCUAGAGGAGGUCCUGCUGAUUUCUCUGAUCAAUCUGAAUUUGUUUCUAAAUCAGCACUUAAUCCAGGAGAGGAAACUGCUACUGAAGUGGGGGAUGAUAAUGAUAGGAAUGAUGAAGUAUCAAUCUGCUUAUCUGAAGGAAGCUCACAAGAAGAGACAAAUGAAGCUCUUCAAAAUGAGGAAAUCGGUCACAAAGAUGAUGACCAGAAUCCAGUAUCUACUGAUAAUGUGAAAAUAGAAAUUAUAGAUGAUGAAGAAAGUGAUAUGAUAAGUAAUUCUGAAGUGGAUCAAAUGAGUUCUCUUUUGGAUUAUAAGAAUGAAGAAGUCAGAUUCAUUGAGAAUGAGUUGGAGAAUCACAAACAGAAGUAUUUUGAACUACAGACAUUUACUCGGAGUUUGAUACUUGCUAUUAAAUCAGAUGAUAAAGAACAGCAGCAGGCACUGCUCUCAGACUUACCUCCUGAAUUAGAAGAAAUGGAUUUCAAUCAUGCAUCCCCAGAGCCUGAUGAUACCUCAUUCAGCUUGUCGUCUUUAUCGGAGAAAAAUGCCUCAGACAGUUUGUGAUUUAUUUUUUUUAAUUGACAAAAAAGAAACCCCACAUAACGUGUAGGUUUCAGGAGAACGGCAUUUUGCUAUCCAGUGUUCUUCAGUCCAAAAAAGAAAGCCCAAGGUGAAGUAGACUUUCCUGAAGGAUGACUGUAGUGUGUCAUGGCUACAGUUUGCACUGUCAAGAAAUUUCGAAUGUUGUUUUUGGUAAAUGAAAGAACUGUGUGAAGAAAGGUUUCACUUUUAGCAGUUUGGCCUUGAUUAGGAUAACUUCCGACUUUCCAGAAUAACUCUUGCUCUGUAGCAAAGUCUUUUUGAGCAGGGAUCCAAGAGUGGAAAACAAAUGUCCUGUUAUACAGACAGCUAAUUCUUCAGAGUUGCUUGCUCACCAGUCCUGUUUAUUAUUUUUUUCCCCAUUUUUACUCAGGUAGGUGGACUAAAAAUUGGGGAUCCAAAUAGAAUAACGGGCUUUUUAUGAGUUGUGCUUGAAGCCUUUUGAAAAUCUGAAAUUAAACUAGUGGUUUUCAUUAUGUGACUUCAGAUUGUUGAAUCUUCCAUUUUCCUGACCAAAAUAGCUGAAAAAACUUUGAAAGGCUAACUGAAAAAUUUGAAUUAUCAUCAAUAAAUUAUUAAUGUAAAGAAGCAGUCAUAAGUGUUGUAACAAAUUAGAUGGAUAUGGGAAACCUGAUAGCUGCAGAACACGACUUUCUGAUACUCUCACAGUAGCAAUGGGAUUAGAUGUUUACACUACUAUUUAGGGUUUUAUGAAUGUAGUUACAGGUUUCAUUUGUCAAAGUCUCAAUGCUGAAGUUCUGUUCAUUGUUUGAAGUAUUGGUUAGAUAUUUUUCCACAAACUUGGCUUCAUUUUAUCAAGACACUGUCAUAAAUCCACAGCUGUCAUUGCAUCCUGAAAGGUAUUCAAGUGUUUGGAAUUGAGUUCUGCAGAUCUUCUAAAUGUGACCUGGUUUUGAAGUAGCCCUGUCUGAUGAAUUUUUUGGCAACUGCCGGGUGCCAUUUCUAAACUGUGAGCUUGAUUGCAGGCAGUGCUGAAAUGAAUUUCUUCUUUCCCAGCUGUCGUUGACAUUGAAUCCCUUUACUCAUCUGAUUAAAUGGAUGUGCAGACACAUUCAGAUAAAUUUAGUGGAGCAUGUAGGUGCAUGCCCAUAUUAUUGAUGCUCUAUAACUUCCGAAUAUUCCUCAGCAAGCAUUUUUGAAAUGGAUACCUUCACAGUCUGGUAAAAAGCCUGAUCCUUCAAUUUUAUGCCAAAUAAUAAUUUGCUCUGGUGAAUCCUUAUUCAUGCAGUAUAGUAAGUAAUCCCCAUAAUUUCAGUGGGAGGUCCAAGGUGUAGUUCAGAAAAUCCAGAGUGUUUGGGAAAUAACACUUUUAUCCCUCCCUCUGCCCCUUAAUACUAGGAUUAGCUCAGAUUUUAGGAUUUCCUCAUUCUGGUCAGUUCCUCCCUAAUCAUUUCUACAGCCUUUUUUUUUUUUUUUUCCCAGUAUCGGUAGUGAGCUCUGUUCUUUCAGGUUUUUUUCUCUCUCUGUUGUCCUUGGGCAUGGGGAGCUUUUAGCAAUAUUGUUAAAUGCCAGCUGCAUAAAGGAUAGUCGCAGUUUUAAAAGCUGUUUUAAAAAGCAAAACAAAACAGUUUCACAGUUCUGACUACUAUACAAUUCAGUUAGUUCCCAAAAGACCUCUUACCAUCUAUUCUACAGAGUGACCCCACAAAAGCGAGCUGUUGGGCCUCUAUUUGAGUUUAGGCAUUAAAACUCAGAGUGGAAUCCCAGGAGGGAGGGAAGGCACUCUGUGUAACCAGGAGGUAAGUGGUAGGUUACUCAUACUUUCACUGCUUGAGCUGAAAUGUCUCCUCCUGGCUGGCAGACACAUCCUUAUAGCCUUACUCAGAGAAGGAGCGGUAUUUUACAUGCCUGUUGAAAUGACCACCAAUCUAAAAUUAAUUAAAGUUUGUAAGCAAAGAUCACAGUACUAUCCUUCAAAUGUAAGAUAGAGCUCAACUGUAAUUCUGCUUAUCCUGAAAAAAUCAUUUAUAAAGGGUUUUCUAUACGGGGUUAACAAUGCUUUCUCUUACUGUUCUCCCUAGAUACGAAACUUGUGCCACUGACAAGGAAACCUCUUGUUUUCUGUGAGCUUUGCUGAAAAAAAAAAAAAAAAAAAAGUACUGUGAUUUGCCACUAUUUGGACCUUAUUUUCCUGCUUCUUCCACUUAGAUUCCCAUGACAAAAGGCAGGAUACUCUUAAUGAGAGUUCUUGAUUUCAUGGUCAAUUAAGUCAUCCACCUUUAUACAAGAAAAACUUUCAUUGAUGAUUCAUGUUUUGCUAUGUCUUGCUUCUAUUUCAUAUUCCAAACAAAUCGAAGGAAUUAAUUUUGAAUGAACUACUACCAGAUUCAAGCAGUUAUGUAAGUCCCUUUUCUCAAGGAAGCUGGAAUCCUCUUUAGGAUGUGCAGCCGAAACUCUAGCUGCAGUCAACGCCCCCAUCAUCCCUGUGGGCAUGUUGUUCUUUGGUCUUUUCUCUUGCAGGGUGACAAGACAAAACAUAGCAAAGUAGUCAUGUUUUCAUACCCUGAAACACUUGACAAUAUUACAGGAAUAUUCAGGAAAAAAGAGUAUAAAUUAUAUUCCUGUAUAACAAAAUGCUAUAUAGGAUAAUACUGUACAGCUGUUCUGCUUUUGUUUUUCAAUAUCAGUGUGUAUUUCCUGCCAUAUGUAAAACAAAAACUUUAAUGAUAUAUUACCAUCAAUGGUACUUUAAAUCAUUGCAGCAACAAUAGUUCUGCAGUACAGUGGCUGAAGAGCAGCUUAGGAGGUGCUGUAACAUAAUGCUUAACCAUCCUUGAGAAUUACGAAAAUACAUAUACAAGUAUCGCACUUCAGACUAGCGCCGCACACAUGCUUUGUAAUUUAGGGCUUGUUUUAGUUUGCUUGUGUCCCUGACGGCAACGUAAUAUGCUAAUUGAGUUUGCAGACUGCAUCCUGAUCCGUGUAACUUGUUCAGCUGGACCUUAGAACGGUAUGAGAGAACUGGGCAUAUUCCUUUCCUACUUCGUCUUAGUAAUUGUACUGACAAGCAUCUUGCUGACAGACACCGCAUUCUGAUACACAGUCACCGGGACGCUCGUUUCCAGCUGAAAUUCUGAAAGUUCUUCAGGUGAUGGAAAAUGAUGGGGAUGGCUCUCUGGGCCCAUGGCAUGUUAGGAUUUGGUUUGUGGUUAUUUCCUCGGUUCAUAGGGUGGUAACAAAAGCCUGCAUUAAGUGCUAGUUCAUCAUUUGCAUAGACUUUCUGUGACAGAUAAAGCUUAAUAUUGUGUUGUGUUACGACGACAGAAAUAAGCCCCCCUUGCUAUUUCAGUGGUUUGGCUCUGUAAUUUGAAUAACCACUACGGCAGAAGUGCCACGUAUUGAUGUUUUUAUCCUCUUUCUGCAAAGGCUCUCAUUUGCUUUGUCUGUGAAAGAUGACUUCCCUGGCGCUGUUUAUUCCUAAUGCGUCUGUCGGAACAUGAAUGAUGAAGUAUGUCUUUCUGAAGAAACCAAAGUGGAAAAAGGUAGUUCAGAACAGACGCUUUAAACCAGAGACGGGACGCUCGCUCUCCUUAGGGAGCAGUGAAAGUCUUUGAUGCUAGCAAGCUUGCUUAUAGUUAAGAAAGCUGUUUCCUGAAGCUAUGCCUCUUUUCAUUUCCCUGCCGAUGAUGCUUCUGUCAAGUCUAGAGGUCUAACAGGAGUGAGCAAUAGUAAAUAUUCUAAUAGGUGAAUUUUUGGCAGGUUUAAAAGUACACGAAGAGAUGUACCAUAGAAGUGUCAGUUUUCUUGAGUGCUUGGUUCUUGAAGCAGCACUGCACUUUAAUCUUUCCAAGUACUUCUUUUUCGCUAAGGCAAUAAAAAGUCUGAAAAUGACAAGCAGAUCGUGGGCUUUGCAGUCCUCUGAGUGAAAAAAAGGAAUGUACCGGUUGUAUCUUCAUCUUCUUAAAUUGGGAAGCAGCUUAUCAAGUCCAUUCACCAAACAGAGACAGCUAUAUCUACUGUUGUGGUUAUACAGUUGAAAUGAUAGGACAAAUCAACGGUAUCAUGAACUUCCUUCUUGUGGAAAUGGAAAUUACUGCUUAAAAUCGAUCAGCUAUCCGAUUUGGGAUCUCUAUUGCACUACCGUAUUAGUAAUGUUAAAAAGAAACUAAUGCACAGCACUAACUUUUCCCUAGGUACUCUAGUCGUAGCUGACUGUUGGUCUCAGGAUACUGAUAGCAUAAGGAAAGACAAUAAUAUGCAUAAAUGGAAUAGCACAGAAUAUCUGAAACAUGAAGAAUUCGUAACUUGUACCGUUACAACCAAAAGCUUGAUUUACUACCUCCAGUCCCGCUGCCCAGAUCCUUCAGGUCAGCCAGUGAACUAUGAGGCUGCUUUACGUGUUAGAAGGACUGGCAGCUGUCUAACCUUCAACUUGCGUUUUGAGAUUCUGCCUUUUCUGCCCCAGAUCAUCAUAACGUUGAGUAAGUUGCUCAGUUGUGAGAUGCCUGAUCAAAGUUAGAGGACGGUUAGCGAGAAAGCUCCAGCUAGUUAUUAGACAAAACAGAAGCUGGUUUAUGGUGUUUGAUUUCUCUACCCAAUUAAUAUUUUAGCACAUUGGCCAAAUGUGAAAUCUUAAAAGUUAUGAGCAAAAAAAAAAAAGACUAAGCGGUGCUACAAAAUUGGUCUUUUCCAUGGCAGAAUAGGGUUUUAUUCUGACUAAAGAGUAUUUAUUUGUCUCUGAAAGGCAGCAGCUGACAUUUUGGUCAGAAGACGACAGACACAAAUGGGGCAGAAACUUGGGCUUGUGGUGGUUGUUGUUCUUGUUUUUAAACAAAUGAGCAAUCCUCUUCAGUAAAAGAGGCGCUUAAGAAUGUUCCUGUAAGGAAAAUGGUUUCAGGUCAGUGCUUUGGUUCUGGUGAACAUUUUACUGUAUUACUGAACUAAGUCAAUAAUUCUUUUCAAAUUCUGUAUUACAUUUUACACACACUACCUCUGAAACGUGACACCACCUUUAAAACCACACAGAAAAUGUGAACUUAAACAUUUUUUUAACGUUUUAUAGGCAAUAAAUUAUUUCCAACAUGCAUCCUUCAAUUUUGUGCUUGUUUUUUAGUUGAGUGUGAGACAUUCACUUUGUUUUUUAUUUUAGUACUAUUUUUAUGUAUUUGUCUUAAACACAAUCUAUGGACAAGGAAAUAAUAAAGAUGUGAUAUUAGGGAGAAAAGAUUAGCAUAUGUUAAUAGUAAAUAUUUCUAUUAAAGCUGAAGGAUGAUGUAGUAAAUGGGCUAGCUGUGCUAUUUUUAGUACAGUUACUGUAAAGAAUGGAUAUUAGCCUUUAUUCUGGUACUCAAUGAUUGUUGUAACAUUUCUCAAUACAUCGUAGAUUAAUUUAUCAGAGAGAACAGUCAAUGAGUCUCAGCAAUGUAAUGAAAAAGAAUAGGAUUUUAUGUUUUUCUGAGACAUAACAGUUCAUAAAUAUGUCCUCAUUUUUGUUUCAGCUAUUGUUUCUCUUUUUUUGCAUAACUAUGUAUAAAGACCUUCUAGAAACAAUUUUGAUUUGCUUGUAAGCAAGUGUUAACUUUAAAAUGAAUCAGUAGCAAGCUAAGGUUUAAAUGUAUAUGUAGACCAUAUUUUGUAGUCAAAUUUCAUCUUAAAAGAGUCCCUAUAAUUUCCCCCAUCACAUCUAUCUCUCUGAAAUACCUGGGGGAAGGUUGACAGAAUGUACAAGCCUCUUCAGCCUGGGGAUGGGGGAGGGAGUGAGACACAAGGAGGCAUUUCGGUUGAGUAGCAGAAAUGGAGAUCCUGGGGUUUUAGUCAAGAAAAUGACAAUAAACUAAGAAAUUUCUACACCUUGGAAGACAAGAGCUUCUACUUUAUCUUCAAAUUUUGUGAAAUACAGUUCAAAAAGUUAUUGGCAAAUCCAACGAGUUGUGUUGGGGAAAAAAUUGUAUUCUCCAAUGGAAAUUAUAUAAUUUCUAUGAUUAUUUCUAGAAUUACUGGGUGUAUAUGAAUACACAUAUGCAUAUUUAUAAUGUGCACAGAUACACUGAACUUGAUCAUCGUAUUAGCACCUACAAAGGUAUUUUCACUUAAAAUUAAUGUGAUUCUUCUAAAAUAUAUUUUAUUUGCUCUUAUUUUCAUGUCUUACUAUAUAUUGAUUACAUAGUUUUGAAAUUUAAUCAAAGACAUCCAUACAAAUAUUGUUUAUAGUUUAACUCCUUGCAAAACUGGUAACUUUUAGGCUUGGAAAUUUAUUAAAAUGCCCAUAAUAGUGGUAUUUCUAAGUGAUCUUGGCAAAUAAACAAACUGCUGUAUUUAUGAAGAGAUAAUGAAUCUUCUACCAUGAUAAUUUCUGCUUUAGUUUCACUAAAGGUAUGUUUGAUUAAAAAAAAAAAAAAAUAUACGCUGAAAGAUUAAGUAUUAUUGUAUAACUUGGAUGUUUUCCUUAGCCUACAAAACGUAAGAUAAUUGAUGAUCUUAGAACUUGUAUCAUUUCUUUCUGGGCCAAUUUGUUAAGCUUUGUACCCUGAGUGUAUUACUGAGUUUCUCUGUGAAAAUCAAUAUUUAUAUUGCAUUUUUAUUAUUUGUAUCACUAUGUGUAGCAAAGAAACUACUACAAAUCUUAAACUGAAGUACCUCCACUACGGUCCAGGACAUAUGAUCUUGGCUUAUUUGAAAGAUGGAUGCCUAGUGAAAUAUUCCAUACACUUGUAUUGAUUUUUUUUUUCUCUGUAUAUAAGGGUAUUUAUAAUCUUGUAUUAACAGAGUCAUCAUGAGAAAUGCUUAUUUCCUUCUUUAGAAGCCUGCUCAGCUAUUUUUAUAUAAAAUGUUGGUCUUCGCCUUAAUUUUUUUUUUUUUUUUUUUGUGAAAAGUUGUGCCAUAGAUAUUUUAACUUAUCCACAGAUAGUUUACAGAAUUUGCUUUGACUUGUCUUUGGUUAAUUAUUUUUUCCUCAAAUUGUUCUAAAUUGUUUUCUCCUCCAAAUGUGUCUCAAGGUUGGUUUGCUGUCUUAAUUAUUAUUUUUUUUUUAAGUUUUGGAAGAUACCUUCAUAUGCAUGCUUUGGUGGAUCAAGUUUUUCCUCUGUAGUUUAUUGUUUAUAGUUUAGCAAAACCUUUCAUUGAAAAAAAAAAAAAAAAAUUGAAGUAAUGCUUGUACAAAUGUAUCUAGAAUGGCCCAAAUGGUCAGAGUAAAGGGCUAUUUAGCAUUGGUAAAUUUGUCUACUAGACUCAAGGAUAUUUUUCUACGUCUGUCAAGUUUGGGACUAUGGAGAAAUGAAAUAAAGGUUAAUUAACUCCUUUUCCUAUA